UACAUGUAGAAGCAGCAAAGGUAAUGCAGCUUAGGUAUGAAGACAAAAGGGGCCCAGAGAUUAACCUUAUCAAUAGUGUUUCGCUUGUGUUGACCUAUUAAAAUCGCGAACAAAAGUAUCUCUCUUUUGUAAACGUACCUGUAGAUACACUGUAGUACGGACUGCAGCGCUGGUGAUGCUAUAGAAUAUAAAACUACAAUGAGGGCAAAGAUUUGUGUCAUGUGAUUACAGUGGGGAGAUCGCACAGUGCAAUUUUAUGUGUUUCGCAGUGAAUGAUCACGGCACAUUGCCAAAGUACACGUCGCCUUAGCGUCACAUCUGAAUUAUGUUAAUAUAUGUAGUAUGUGUGCUGUGAAAGGGAUGAAAACAAACACAUCAGUCGAAACUGUGACUUGAAUGGUAGUCCUAGAAAUGGAAGUCUGGGGUCCCUUAUGAUUAGUGGGCCUACAGAUUAGGAUUAGUCGGAGUAUUGAGGUUGGCAUAUGGGACGAAUGUCACCUGUAAAAAGUAAUGGGAAACGAACUACGGUUCCUUCCAGUCCUGUCACACCGGUACAUUUCAACUGCGGGUCGGUUGAGCGUAAAUUCCAAGUAGCCCCCCCCCCCCCCCUACUUGUGUCUUAUAUGACCCAAAUAAAGUCGAGAUACCACAGGAUAAACCGAAUUAAUUACUCGAUCAGAUCAGCCAUAAAAGAGCUUUAAACUGCACCUCCUUCAUACUUUUUAAAGGUCGUUAAUUUCACCUACAGUACGUAUCUCACCUACAUGCAUCGUUACUUAUCUGCCCCAUUUAUACAUGUAUACAGCACAAAAAGCAAGCAGAAAAAUCCGUUCAAUUAACAUUUUCGGGUAAUAUGUAACGAUUUUUUCUGGUAUUUAUCUUAGUUAUAAUAUUCGUGACUAUCUGGUGGCAACUGGUCGGCCUCAGUGGCAAAAAGGCAGUGACUUCAAAGGCAUCAAGAAUUAUCCAGUCAAGAUAAAAUUCAGAGUCAGAUGCUUAUUUUCUCUCUGUAUAUAUAAGGGCAUUAAAUAAGAAUUGCCAUUUUCUAAUAAUAAUAAUAAUAAUAAUAAUAAUAAUUGCACCGAUAAACACACAAAGAAAAAUACACUGGACUGUUGAACUCAUUUUGGCCAGCUCGAUGAUGCAAUGUAUACAAGCCUGGAAUUUCCUUGGGUAGUGCCCCUUUUUGUAAUGUGGGUGGCUUUUUGUUUGAAGUCACGACUGUAAACUUUCACAUUAAUUCAAAAUUUCAAAAAAAGGCAUGAUAUCAUAGUUUUACUUCAGAGUCGAAGGCUUUUCUUAGCGUUAACACCAAGCACUAUAAAGUGGUAAUUUAAUUUGGGGAUUUUCAAAACCGCAGAAAUUAUUUGUAGACGCUUACCUAAUAGUCCAUGUUUAUUUGUCCAUCGAGUUAUGUAGUGUCAUAGCAGAUAGAAAGCGCGGGCGUCUGAUUUGACUCUGAUUUGGGGACGGCGAAAGACAUCGGAUCAGCCGUUUUGUCAAAAUGUCUGGUGUCAUGCUUGAACCCCAAAUGACGUACGACUUCAAUAUCAUCUUCGAUGAAGAUAAUAACGAAUCUUUCGUAUUUGGGCGGAAUGUGAUGGAAAAGCUCGAGGCACGAGGGCUUCGAGGUUUCUUCUACCCGCGAAAUAAUUUGCCAGGCAAUGCUAUCGCCGAUGAGAGGAUAUUUGGUGUGGACAAUUCAAUGUACAACAUUGUCAUUGUCGAUCCAUCUUCCAAUGACAGUGGAUGGGCCCGUUGGUCCCGCCUACAAUGUAUCUCCAGCCUCUUAGAUAUGAAAGGCACGGGUAACAUACGAAGAUUGAUACCAAUAGCGGUCGUGAAGUGCCCAGUACCGCAGGAGCUGAGAAUACAUAAAAUUUUGCGCUUUGAUAGCCAGGAUGAUGAAGAGGCGCUGACAAAACUGGAACAGGUCAUCACGAGGACCUCUGGCGACACGCACCGUAAAAUUGGAUGCGAGUCUACUGAAUACAGUAGCUAUGAACCUCCUGACUCUAUCAACAGUCAGUGGACAGACAACGAACAACAGGCUAGUUGGCCAGUGCUGCAUUACGUCAGCCCAGUAAUAAUGGGCAUCGCUUGCGUUUAUCUGGUCGCCACAGUCUUUAAGGAGCGUCUGGCACCGUGAAAGACUAUAAUAAAUUUAAAUCCAUAUCUGGACAUGUGCGCAUUUAGACAGACUACCGACACUUUGGUCUACUGCCACCGAUGGCCAUAGUGUCCCAAUACCCUCUGAUAUGAAAAAUGAACGAGCAGAGAAUUUUGCUCACAAACUUAUAACAAAACAUAAGGGUUGGAAUCGUAUUAAGAUAUGAAAUCUAUAAAAAGAUUAAGGGUCCUAUAGGUAAAGACCUAUUAUUUGACAUGGACAUUCAGGGUACCAGACUUACUCUAUAGGUGCUAUUUACGGGCCGUGGUGUGUGUGUGUGUGUGUGUGUGUGUGUGUGUGUGUGUGUGUUUUAAGAGACUUUUUUUUUAGAAAAAUAACCCCCUUUGGAAAUUGCUGGCUACGGGCCUGCAAAUUGUCAGUUUAAUGGACGGCUUAGGUUUAAUUCAACCCAAUUCAGUUCAAUUUAUUGCUGUAGCCUAUACUGGUAGGCCUACGU